UACAGAUUUUCGUCAAUAUGGGAAUGCAGAAGCUGUUGAGUGGUAUUCUUAGGUACCGUGUUACUUUUAAGAAUGAGAUGGUCAAGCAGUUUCAAAGGAUUAAAGAUGACCCAAAGCCGUCAGCUAUAGUAUUCACAUGUAUGGACAGCCGAAUGUUGCCAAGUCGUUUCUGCCAAGCUCAAAUUGGUGAUAUGUUUAUUGUUCGGAAUGCUGGUAACCUUGUGCCGCAUUAUAAACACUACGGCUACGAACACAUCACAACAGAACCGGCCGCUCUGGAGCUUGGUUGCGUCAUCAACAACAUCAAGCAUGUUAUUGUCAUAGGACAUUCUGACUGCAAGGCGAUGAACACACUGUGGUCCCUGAAGGAUGAAGUGGAGUCUCAAGAAGGCAGCCCCCUGCAGCUCUGGAUGAAGAGACAUGCCAAGAGCUCCCUGAAGAAAUUCGGCCCAAUACUUGGUGGGAAGAGAGGACCCCUGGUCUUCCAAGCAGAAACCCCCCAGCAUACUUUUGAGGCAUUCAUUGAUGUGGAAAAUAAAUUCAAUAUUACUGAUAAGCUUUCACAGGUUAACUGCCUCCAACAAGUACAGAACAUUGCCAGUCAUCCGUUUCUACAUGAGAAGCUCUCAUCGGAGCAAGUACGAAUCCAUGCGAUGUGGUUCGACAUCUAUACGGGGGAGGUCUACUUAUUUAGUCGGAAGAAUAAGAAAUUCAUCCGAAUCGAUGAAGAGACAAUAUAUAAGAUAUUCUACAGGGAUAGAACGAUUAUAGAUGAAGUUGAUUUGAGAGAUAAAGAUGCCUAGUCUUCAGGAGUAAACACAAGUCUUCCAUGAUGUGUUAUGUAGUGUCCAUUUAGCCAAGUCUUUGAGCUUAGAAUUCUUUAUAAUACCGUAGAGCUUGGAGCUACAGGAGUGUAAGAAUGACAAUGAUGGUCAAAGCAGGUUGAUUGUUCUAGUCAGUUUAAUCAUGGCGGAACUGAAUUGACGACAGCAUUUUCACUUGAAUAUUUUUUCGGUAUUUUUACACUGGGCAAUGCCACCUCCCUGUUACUUUUAAAUUGCCAUGAGACUUAAUUUUUGAGAAGUAGUCUUUCCCUGAUAUCUUAAAUCGCUCAAACGAAAAUCUGGUGAAAAAAUAUUUGGUGUUCAUUGAAGUGCCAAUAGACUACAGGAACUGCAGUGCCAUCUAGAUUCAACCAUCAUGUGUGAUGUUUAUGAGACGUGAAUUCACUGUAAUAAUGAGUAUUGAUGACAAAAUGUGAUAUUAUUAUAAUUUAAUUGAUUACUUCUUGUAUUUUAACCAUGGCAGUUCUACCAAGUACUGUAAGUUUUCAGGACGUGGUUGUUCAAAACAAGUUUUCUCACUGAUGCUGUUGUUUACUUGGUGUUUAAAUUCAAAUAGACAUCAGUUAGGGAGAGACAUGUACUGCCAAGUGAACGCAUAAGCGAUGCAUUGUGGUGACAAAACUUGUUCUGAACGACCAGGUCCAGGGUGUGUAGUUCAGGGCAUUUUAUGUUUCAUACAUGUAAUAGGAUCUUUCCUGUAGUGGAGAGUCAUUUGAAUCUGUGGUUGUUACUUAUACUGGUACAUUCUAUAGACAAUGUAUGCUAGGACUAAGAUUUUUAGAGUGCCUGGUUGAUGAUGUAUCAUUGUCCUUGUUUUACUUCAAUUUGUACUGAUAUUUUAAGGCAAUGUGCAUAAAUCAUGUUUGUUAAAACUGCCUGAACAUUUCUACAAUGAAGGAUCUCUCUAUGAAGGAUUUUACAGGAGUUGGAAGGGAGUGUAUCUCUGAAAGAUGUGGAACCUGAUCAGUUCAUACUUUGUCAUGAGGCUGCUGGCACAAGGAAGUUUACUCCAGCAUUUAAUUUGUGUCUCGAAACAUGAUUGACACCCUUUGGCUCUGUGUGACACAAGAAUGCCAUUAAAGCUGAUAUGCAUACAUAAAAAACCCAGAUGUCACGUUACAAAACACCAACGUCCGAAAAUCAAGUUGCCAACUACACUCGAAACAUGAUAGACAGCGGGAAUAUGUCUCAAUUGACUGACACUCUCUAGACACUCUCUAGAAGAGAAACAUCAUGCAUGUCAGCUUUAAUGUUUGGUGUGUUUGGCAUUUUAUCUUAAUUUUGAAUGCGUUGACUAUUAUUUGCUUGGGAACAAUCUAGUGUAUGAUGAUCUGUUGUUAUUGAUAGUUACAUGUAGGAUGCAUGCCAGUAUUAUGCAUAGCAAUAGGAUAGAUCUGUUCAACUGUGAAAUAAAACUAUGAAUUAUCGA